AUGACGGACAAUGAGGCCGUCUCCCGCAUCAGCUCGUAUACGAGCGCGAGCGCGAGCACCGAUAGCACUCGAUCUUCCAUGACGGCAAUGCCCCCGACGCCGCCCCUGGCGUCCAUGAGCGCGCGGCGAGGAUCCAGCAUGCGCAUUGCCACAGACGGUGGCUAUCGCCGGAGAACCUCCAAGGACGAUGCCCAAGUCUCUCCCACAUCUACUACCGCUACUCGAGGCACUCUGUCGCCGCCGUCGUCAAACUCCGCCCCCAGUAUCCCACCCAAAGAUCGUCGAUUGAGCGACCUCACAAACUACCGCCGUGAUCUUGCCGUUCUCGAGCCCACCCGUUCCCAUCCGCCAUCCUCAUCAUCGCCAUCAUCUUCGCAAGUGCCGCCGCCGCAACACAGCCAUUCAGUAGGCAGCCUGGCGGCAAGCACCCAGAUCGCGCCGUGGAUGUCGUCAGCUUUGCCUGCCAGCUCAUCUCCCAAGGGACUCACCACAAGCUUCUAUAAUGAUUCCAGCGACAGUCUGUCCCUUGCGUCGCAGUUGUCCCCCGGCCUGCCGUCAGCAACAGGUCGUCCGGGAACUGGCUCCGGUUCCAUCAGCCAGGACUAUGCCGAUGUACUGUAUGAGAACGUGGACGGCAGGCGACCUUCAGCUGCUAGUAUUGUGACGACCGCCAGUAGUCAGGGCUCGAAAGCCAGCGUUAAUCGCGGUGGAUUCCGCAAGCUUCAGGGGUUUUUCGGCGAGGAGUUUCCUGGUCAUGAUAGUUCCGAGAGUAGCCUCCCCAUUUCAGUCCCCGGCAAGGAUCAACGUUCACGAUCUUAUAGCCAUGGCCGCCCAACCCAACGCGAUCGCAACUACUCCAACGCCACAGACCGUGAACCCUCGCCUUCCUCAUCAAGGCCAAGAACCCCUGUGCCAAAUCCAGAAGUCGUUCCUUUCCUCUACCAGGAUAAUUCGGACAUUGCGCGUUACGGAGAAGCGCCUGUUCGUGAUAUCCUGACUGGACCUGAUCGGGAGCGUUACGAAAGCUCUGCCGGUCAGAAUCCGCCCAAAUCUUCGUCUUCCGCCCGAUCCGGACCCGUCCAUCAUCUGCAUGGCCACCACCACCGACAUAACAAGAGUAAUGAUGACCCUAGGACCUUGAGACCGAUUGCUAGUAGAGAGGACUCACUUGGCUCUGCACAACACGGAAGAGACCGAGGUCCGUCCGUCGGUAUGCUCAAUCAACGAUCGAGAGCACACAGUCCAACCCCUAGCGCCAACAGCGGACCACCAGGUUCAAGAUCUGGGUUUCAUGCGGACGGCUCAACCUCUCCGGGUCAUCACGGAAAGCGCGGUAUUUUGGGGCGCCUGCGACGCCACAAGGAUAAAGACGAUGGUACAUCCAGACUACGAGAUUUGCCCCCAUCAACUAGGUCGUUGCAGGUUAAACCUUCCAAGGCAGACAUGCAGCGACCUGAUAUCUUCCCUGGAUACUACCCAGGCACUCCCGAACCGGGCGAAACUCUGGAUCCCAGGACUGGGGCUCACCGUGCGGCAACUUUCAACAACAAAUUCCCGUUUUCCAAGAAGACCCGACCCCAAAGGCCUUUCGACUACACUGACGAGACUAUCGGCCCCACAGAUUAUAACGAUCCGGGACACGUAUAUCACCUUGAUACCAACCUGAACGAUAUGGAGGGCAUCUUGACAAAGCCGCCGCCCUUGACGCCCAUGGAUUCCUCUUUCAUCAACAGCAUCGAAAGUGAUCGAAGAGAAUCCACGCUUGAAGGUCCGAAGGGUCGGUGGGACGCCCCAGACAGCUGGGCUGUUCGCAGGAACACCGAGGACAACACCGAGGACGUACCCGAGGUGGAUGAGAUUGGCAGCCCACCACGGCCUGACGAGAAGUUAACUUCCUAUUUCAUCCGAAUAUUCCGGUCCGAUGGCACCUUUUCAACGCAUUCGAUGGCCCUGGACUCGACAGUUACCGACGUCAUAUCGCAGGUUAUUAAGAAGACCUAUGUGGUUGACGGCCUGGAGAAUUAUCACAUCAUCAUGAAGAAGCAUGACCUCAUUCGAGUGUUAGCACCGGCUGAACGACCAUUGCUUAUGCAAAAGCGACUACUGCAACAGGUUGGGUAUGAGGAGAAGGAUCGAAUUGAGGAUCUAGGUCGAGAGGACAACGGUUACCUCUGCCGUUUCAUGUUCUUGUCCGCUCGGGAAAGUGAUUUCCAUGCCAAGACCAUGGAUUUGGGCAUAUCCCGUUCGCAGAAGCUUAAUUAUGUCGACCUUUCCGGACGUAACCUCGUCACCAUUCCUAUUUCUCUGUACAAAAAGGCGGCCGAUAUUAUUUCACUAAACUUGUCUAGAAACCUGUCUCUUGAUGUACCUCGAGACUUCAUUCAAUCCUGCAAACAACUUCGAGAUAUCAAGUAUAACAAUAAUGAGUCGAGAAAACUACCGCUGAGCUUAGGCCGAGCUGGCAGGCUCACUUUCUUGGACGUAUCCAACAAUAGGCUGGAACAGUUGGAGCAUGCAGAAUUGAACUCGCUCACUGGGUUACUCAAGAUGAACCUAGCGAACAAUCGGCUGACCCAUCUCCCACCAUAUUUUGGAGCUUACCAGGCUCUUCGCAGCUUGAAUAUCUCGUCCAACUUUCUCGACAAGUUUCCUCCAUUCUUGUGCCAGUUACACAGCUUGGUUGAUCUAGAUCUGAGUUUCAAUGCUAUCGCAAGCCUUCCGGACGAACUUGGCAAUUUGAAGAACCUGGAAAAGCUGCUGAUUACCAACAACAGAUUGGCUGAUGAAGUUCCCGAAGGUUUUCGCCAGCUACUGAGUCUGCGAGAGUUGGACAUCAAGUAUAACUCGAUUACGAGUAUUGACAUCAUUUCAGAACUUCCUAAGCUGGAGAUUCUGACUGCCGCUCACAACCAUAUAUCCUCCUUUGUCGGAAAGUUUGAAACUAUUCGACAACUCAAGCUUAAUUCAAACCCCCUCAACAAGUUUGAGAUUGUCGAGCCUGUUCCUACUUUGAAGACGCUCAACCUGUCACACGCUCAACUCGCCAGCAUUGAUUCUGCCUUCUCUAACAUGAUUAAUCUCGAGACGCUAGUUUUGGACAAGAACUACUUCGUUUCCUUGCCCCAGCAGAUUGGAACACUUAGCCGUUUAGAGCACUUCAGUAUUGCCAACAAUUCUGUGGGUGAACUGCCUCCCCAAAUUGGUUGUCUCACUGAACUGCGGGUCCUGGAUGUGCGAGGGAACAACAUUUCAAAACUGCCCAUGGAAAUUUGGUGGGCCAACAAGCUCGAGACCUUCAAUGCAUCAUCAAACGUGCUUGACGCAUUCCCCAAACCCGCGUCGAGACCUCCGCGAGUUCCUGGAGAAGAACCGACAGGGCCGCCUACUGUACAAAAUGGCAAACCUUUACCCCCAAAUCCAAUACCAUCAACUCCCAGCUCCGAAGAUCUCUCUGACGAACGACGCCCAAGCCAAGCCUCCAGUACUCUUCUCAGUGUUGGGCCAUCACCAGUCUUGGCUACGGCAGACAGGAAGAGCUCUGUGGUGUCUGUCUACGGAAAGGGUGGGCGUAAGACGUCUGUUGUUUCUCGAGCAGCCUCUCAGGCCACCAACUCUACUACCCCUCCGCCAACCACCGCUAGGAAGGAUUCUGGACUUUCUUCGAGGCUCACCAACACUUUUGCAGGAUCACUUCGAAACUUGUAUAUUGCCGACAACCGGCUGGAUGACGAUGUUUUUGACCAGAUCAUUCUGCUUUCCGAAUUGCGUGUCCUCAACCUCUCGUAUAAUGAUGAAAUUAGUGAUAUGCCUCAAAGAUCAAUCAAGAACUGGCCCCAGCUUGUGGAGUUGUACCUGUCUGGCAACGGCCUGACCUCGCUGCCUGCCGAUGAUUUGGAGGAGUCGAGUCUUUUACAGACCUUGUACAUCAACGGAAACAAAUUCACCAAUUUGCCGGCAGACAUUUCGAGGGCCAAGAAACUAGCCGUCUUGGACUGUGGCAAUAACUAUCUCAAGUACAACAUUUCAAAUGUCCCCUACGAUUGGAAUUGGAACCUGAAUCCUAAUCUGCGGUACCUCAACCUUUCCGGCAACAAGCGACUAGAAAUCAAGCAAACGGCAUGGGGAGGCCCAGAUGGACCUGGUGCAGUGAACCGAGAGCAGUACACCGACUUCAGCAGGCUGCUGAACCUUAGAAUUCUGGGCCUCAUGGAUGUCACCUUGACGCAGCCCAGCAUCCCCGACCAAAGCGAGGACAGACGAGUUCGAACGUCUGGCUCAUUGGCAGGCCAUCUCCCCUACGGUAUGGCGGACACACUGGGCAAGAACGAGCACUUGUCCACGGUAGAUCUUGUGGUACCCCGAUUCAAUUCAUCCGAAACAGAGAUGCUCCUGGGUCUAUUCGAUGGCCAAGCCCUGUCAAGUGGUGGUUCCAAGAUUGCCAAGUAUCUGCAUGAGAAUUUUGGUCACAUAUUUGCCAUGGAACUGAAAGCUAUAAAGAAUAGACCGGAUGAUACUCCAACCGACGCACUGCGAAGAGCGUUUUUGUGCCUGAACAAAGACCUGGUCACAGUAGCCGUCCAACAUACCGAGGAAAGACCCAAGGCGGCUCAUAGGGGAUCAGCGCAACCGGUCGUACUCAGCAAAGAGGAUCUGAACUCUGGCGGCGUAGCUACAGUUCUCUACCUGCGUGGCACUGAGCUUUAUGUUGCCAACGUCGGCGAUGUCCAAGCUAUGGUUAUCAAAACAGAUGGCAAACACGAGAUCCUCACACGAAAACAUGAUCCGGCUGAGCCAUCAGAACGCUCGAGAAUCAGAGAAGCCGGGGGUUGGGUAUCCCGCAACGGCAGACUGAAUGAUUUGCUUCAAGUCUCCAGAGCAUUUGGCUACGUCGAUUUGAUGCCGGCAGUACAGGCGGCUCCCCACGUCAACAAGAUGACAAUCAAGGAACAUGAUGAAAUCAUCUUACUGGCCACCAGUGAGCUCUGGGAGCAUCUUGCUCCAGGCCUCAUUACAGAUAUCGCCCGGUCUGAGCGGCAGGACCUCAUGAGAGCAGCUCAGAAAUUGCGUGAUUUGGCCAUGGCAUACGGCGCGUCUGGUAAAAUUAUGGUCAUGAUGAUCAGCGUUGCUGACCUCAAGAGGAGAGUUGAACGAUCCCGCUUACAUCGCGGCACUAGCAUGUCUCUGUAUCCUUCAGGUAUCCCCGACGAUACUCAAGUCUUGUCUACCAGACGACGAGGAAAAGCCAAGGGAGACGUGCUGGACUCGUCACUCAACAGACUCGAAGCUGAGAUUCCUGCGCCAACUGGUAAUGUCUCCAUUGUGUUCACCGAUAUCAAGAACUCGACAACACUUUGGGAGAUGUAUUCAAGCGCAAUGAGAUCCGCCAUCAAGCUACACAAUGAGGUUAUGCGGCGUCAAUUACGCAGAAUAGGAGGAUACGAAGUCAAGACUGAAGGCGAUGCCUUUAUGGUCUCGUUUCCCACGGCAACCUCUGCACUUCUCUGGUGCUUUGCAGUCCAAAUGGAACUGCUGGAUGUCAGCUGGCCGUCAGAAGUUUUGAAUUCCAUGUCGUGCCAGCCCAUCUUUGAUAAGGACGGUGCCUUGAUUUUUAAGGGGUUGUCUGUGAGAAUGGGUAUUCAUUUCGGAGAUUGCGUAAGUGAGACAGAUCCUGUGACACGCCGCAUGGAUUACUUCGGCCCCAUGGUCAACAAAGCAUCCAGAAUCUCGGCGGUGGCAGACGGGGGUCAAAUAACCGUCUCCUCUGAUUUCAUUUCGGAGAUUCAGCGGUGUCUGGAAAAUUACCAAGACACCGAGCGUAAUGCCUCCGGUGGAUCUGACGAGGCAUUCGAAGAUGAGUCGUUUGCAGCCACUAUCCGAAAGGACCUAAGAUCUCUUACCUCCCAGGGUUUUGAAGUUAAGGAGAUGGGAGAGAAGAAGCUCAAGGGACUGGAAAAUCCUGAAGUUGUUUACUCUUUGUAUCCCCACGCUUUGGCUGGGCGAAUAGAUCAGCACCAGCAGCAUGAGCGACGGGACGAAGGACUUGACAGACCUGCCAUUCUUGCCCCUGGCAGUGAGUUAUCUUUCGACCCAGAAAGUAUUUGGGCACUAUGGAGAGUUAGCCUUCGUCUGGAGAUGCUGUGCAGCACUCUUGAAGAGGUUAGGGGGUCCGGCCUACAACCACCCGAGACCGAACUCUUGGAACGGAUAAAAUCCAGAGGUGGAGAGGUCACCGAAAAGUUCUUACUCAACUUUAUGGAACACCAAGUGACCAGAAUAGAGACAUGUGUCUCGACUCUUGUAAUGCGACACCUGGCUCUUGGGCAACCGAUUAUCAAAGAACUCAAUGACCUACGUGGACCUAUGUCUCUGGUACUUGAUUACUUCGUGAAGCAACAACAGGAGCUGGCGCGAUACAAACAGUUCUACGGAGACAUGCCACCUGAAGGUGAUGCCUCGGGUGGCAAGACGCAAAGGGCUAUAGCCAGUGCUCACGAAAUCGAUUACUAG